ACUACUAGGUUUUUCUCCUCAACCCUAGCCUACUCGCGUACUUCUUCCGCCGCACAAUGGCGUCUUCCGCUUCCUUACCAGCGUCGACGUCCAUAGGAGCUUUUCAAGUUCCAUGACUUCUUCUACAUCCACGUUCCCUGUCUCCAGCACUGUCAUUCAGUCUUAUGCGGCUUCUUCUUCGCCAAUUUCUGUGCGCCGGCCAGCUCCUCCUCCGUAUCUGGGUUUCCGCCGCCAUUCACGUGGACUCCAUCUUCGCCGGCAGUUUUCCCUUCUUCUCUCGCCUCGGGUUCCAUGCAAUCGUUGUUCAAUGCUCUGCCUCAGCUUGACGUUGCUCCUCCUCUUCAUCUACGACUGGGCUCUUCCUCCGCGUCCUCUCAAUUCAGCGGACCAACCCUUGCAGGCUCUCCAGGUAUUUUGCCGACUUUCUCUCCAGCGGUUCAACGCCCACAACAAUAGUCAUCCUCUAUCUCUGCUAUUGCUCAAAAUUUGGGUUAUUCUACACACAAUGUUACUGUCAUUGUCACUACAAAAUUGUUGGCCAUUGAGGAUUAUCUUCCUUGGAGGACCCAAUUCGAGUCUUUCUUAGUUUCUCAAGGAUUGCUCGGUAUCAUCGACGGCAGCCUACUCGCCCCUCCGUUGUAUGUCGUUGAUUCCUUCAACACCCAAUCUAUUCAUCCGGAUUAUUAUCAUUGGUUGCGUCUUGAUCAAACAGUUCGGUCUUGGAUUUUCGCUACCUUAUCCCGUGACCUUCUCAUUGAUGUCCAUGAUAUCAAAAAUGCAGCCCAAAUUUGGGAACGACUUCAGUCCCGGUUCAUGUCCGCUAGCUUGAAUCGCUCCUUGGAACUCAAGAGGAUGCUCUCUCAUAUGAAGAAAAAGCCUAAUGUGACUAUGGAGCAAUAUGUCUGGGAAAUCAAGACCAUAGCGUCCUCUUUGGCGUCCAUCAAUUCUCCCGUCUCAAAUAAAGAACUUAUCCAAACUACUCUUUUGGGUUUGGGUCGGGCAUAUGAAUCACUGAUCACCAAUAUUUCUCUUUUCCCUGGUCAACUUACGUUUGAUGACCUCGGCACCAUCCUGGUUGAGCAAGAAAGCCGCCUGGAAUAUCUUUACAGUCAAGAGGCAGACUUUGGUCAACCUGCUUUUGCUGCUUCUUCCACUUCUGGAGGACCACAAUCUGGCCGUGGGAAUUUUUCUGGACAACAGCGUGGCAGGGGAGGUCGUGGCCCAUGUGGAGGGCGUGGGCGUGGAGGUCGUGACAGGGGCUGACCGGCAAUUUAUGGUCCCACUGGUACGCAGCAUGGCACCAAUAAUGCGGGUCACUCAGGUACUGUUUUAUGUAAUUCUGACAUUUUAUAUUCUUAUAUUGGUUCCUCUUCCAUGCUUGGUACUCAUAUGUCUUCUGCAGGCUCUCCAUCAGCCAUCAGCUAAUGGCAUUUUAGGUUCCGUCCCUUCCCCAAUCAUGUGCCAAAUUUGUUUCUCCCCAGGUCAUUCCGCUGCAUCUUGCCCCUCUCGUUUUGUUCGGUCCAAUGCGCCAGCACUGAUUGUUCCCUCUGGUGAGACUAAUGAUGCUCUGUGGUAUCCCGACUCGGGAGCUUCUGCUCAUAUGACCCCUGCAGCAGGUGCUAUUUUAGGUGCACCCACAAGCACACCCAAGGGUGCAAAGCAACAAAGCAGGUUCAGAGAGUACCAAACCACAUACUUUGGUAACCACACCUGCAAAGAGGAUCCAUAUUAUGCUCCCAAUCGACUACAACCAGAAGAGGAAGAGAAUGAACAUUCUUCUUCCUACAAAUAUUAUCACAAGGAAGAUGAAUCUUUAACUGUUUCUGGAUCGGAUGAGUCAUCACUACUUCCUGAAGAAAUGAUCCAAUUUAAUUCUCAAGGAGCUAAUAACAAUGUUAAUAACAUUGAGUCUCAUAGCUGCUUCGAAAAUCUGGACAAUAUUCUCUCAAAAAAAAUCUGAACAAUAUUUUCUGGUCGGAUGAGAUGUUACUCCUCAAUUUCUUAGACAACCAAUCAUCGACAAUAUGUAUAAAUGUGUCAUGUGUGUGUUUGUUUGUCUAUAAUCUAGACACACACAUAAAUUAAUUCUCUUACAUACAGUGGUAAAAAAAAUUAAUAAUGUACAAAAGUAGUUAAUUAAGUUCUUACUUUUGCAUAUUGUUCUGAAUUUAUUCUUAUUCAUGAAUAAUAUUGAAUGAUCU